AUGGAAGAUACCAAUAACCAAAGCCCCCGCCCCGGAGGUCCACCGCCGAGCCGACAAACCAUCCUCCCUCCGCCUCCAGGACAAGGUGAUGAUAUGCUAAUAGCACCUGGGCUAUGGGCUGUCCAUAUUCAAAAACUACCGUUCAGAGUGGCCAGACAGGGCGAGAUGCUGCAGGGGAGAUAUUUGAACAUUUUGAAUGCAAUGUCCAAUCAGCGAGAGCCGUGCCUGCGGCGUGGAAUAAAUUUGACCGCCCAGGAGUUCCAGAAACAGAUGAACGACAGCCUGCCCCGCGUGGAAGCAGCAUUGAUGCAGGUGGUGGGUAAUCAAAAUGAGUUGGAGUGCACGAGGUGCCUAGAACUUAUCGGCAAGUUCUCUCACUGUGUCUCGGUUCGCGGGAUCGACGGCCUUUCAGCCUGCGCCAACUGCCAUUGGGCAGAACGGGACCACCUUUGCCAAUACAUACGGAACCUUCCGACUCUUACUCAAUCUACAGCUGGAUUUGAUCUCAUGGACCCUCCCCAAUCUUCCUCUUCAACCAACACUCAGCCAACCGCUCAGCACAUGAAUGAGCACAUCCGGCUUCUGAAUGGGCAUAUAAAGCUCAUGCAAGAGCAGGUCAAGCUCUGUGAUCAGGCCCAGCGUCUUGGGACUCAGCUGGAGCGACUCCGAAAUGAACUGACUGCCACCAAUACCGCCACUAUCACAAACGAGCAACCAAUGCAGCAAACCAUUAAUGAGAUUUGUGCGUCUCAGCGUGAACUUUACCAGGGAAUUAGACGCAGCAUGAUGCAUAUCCUGAACAUGAUGAAUCAUGACCGACAGACCUCACCCUCGUCUCCCUGA